CUGUGUCGCAAAGAGCUUUUAGGGUUAUACGUUAAACAAUGUUUUACAAGUUCACAUGCAAUUUUCAUGUUAAAAGUGUUAAAUGUUGAUCAAAUGUUAAUAGUAUAUAAUAUAUAUGUAUGUAUAUUAUGUUUCUAUACUGAUGCAGGUUUGUUUGUAAUUAUAGUGUCAGAAAGUGACUUUGUUAAAACCAGUUAAUUUAUAAAAUGGCAACAAGUUCUCAGUCUUCAGUUGAGCUGGGUUCGCAUGAAGUGAAGGACUAUAUUUGUAAUGCCUGUGAAGACCAGAAUAAUGUUGCGACAAGUGCUGAUUUCUAUUGUAAACAGUGUGAACGGUUUUAUUGUGGAAACUGUAUUGAUCCACAUGGUAAAGCCUUGGCUAAACAUACUACAUUUGGAAGGGUCGAAAUAGAUAAAUGGCCAGUUUCAAAAAAGGUGGUGGAUUUUCUACAAACUUGUGAUGUUCAUAAGGACCAUAAAAUUGACCAAUUCUGCAACCUGCACAAACAGCUGUGCUGCCCACAGUGUGUAUCUGAUCAACACAGCCAGUGCAGUAAAGUGACCCAGAUUUCGGAGCUGACCAACUCGCAGCCCACAGGCUUAGAGGGGCUGUCAGUGGAGCUGGAAACUGUCCUGGGGGAAAUUAAAACCCUGCAAUUCAGUCAGAAGGCCAGCAUUCAGUUAUUGCAGAGAACAUAAAAGGAACAUAGUGCAGUUAUGAUAGAGCAAAUGCGUGGCAAUUUAAAUACUUAUAUAGAUGAAUAUGAUAAUAAUUCUGUGGGUAUAUCAGGCGGAAAUGAGCAAUAUUUAAAAGAAGAGAUGUGUAGGAGUGUUCUCUCUAUCGUGAAUGAAUUUGAUAAUAUUACUACGAAGGAACUUAACGAGAUGAAAGAUGAAGUUAUAAGCAUAAAAGGGUCAGUUACAAGUUCUAUUCAUAAAUGCACCAGUCUUCACAAUGACUUGUCACAAUUCCAUGAAAUUGUUCAGAAAAUUGGAGAUCAUAAGCAGCUCUGCCUUAUAGCCAGCAUAAAAUGUAAGCAUAUAAUACAGCAGGCACUGACUCUGCUGGGAAAGUCAGGCAAGGUGUUUAAUGUCCAGAGUAAUUCUAAGCACAAUGUGAGAAUACCAAGUGAUAAAUAUUAUUGUAGUAUCACAGGCAUAUAUGUUCUGACUGAUGGGCAGGUGCUGAUCGCAGACUGGAAUAAUAACAGUUGCAAGCUGCUGAACCAGCAGUACCAGGUGGUGAGUCACUGUGAUGUGACUGAAGAUGUAGAGGACAUGUGUCAGAUCACACCCAGUGAGAUUGCGGUGGCUCUGGGUAAGAAUGCUAGCAACACACAUAAUGUCCAGUUUAUAACAGUCACCCAGAGUCAGCUCACUCUUGGUAGGAAGCUUGAGUUACAACAUGGAUGUAGAGGUAUUGACCACCACGAGGGUGAACUGUUUAUCUGCUCUGGUACUGCUCUGUUCAAGUACACAUUAUAUGGCAAACAGCUCUGCAGACUCUAUGAAGAUAGGUCAUCUGGUUAUACAGUAAGGAAGUGUGCUGUGAGUCCCACAGGAGACAGGCUGUACAUCACCAGCGACAGCAAGCCCAAGCUUCUCACCCUGGCCAGGGAUGGCACACUCCUGUACAUAACUAACUACAGGCAGAACAAGCUUCUCACCCUGGCCAGGGAUGGCACACUCCUGGCUACAUACACAGACCCAGCACUAUGUUACCCAUCUGGUCUACAUGUGACCGCUGCAGGCCAGGUGCUGGUCUGUGGACGCUGGUCCAACACUGUACUACAGGUGGGCCGGGAGGGAGAGAGUAAGCUGGCUACGCUGGCUACUGAGGAGGAUGGAGUGGGUAGGCCAUGGUCAGUCUACUACAGCAGCACCACAUCAUCCAUCAUUGUGGGACAAUAUGGGGACUACAUCCUGGUGUUCAGAGUGGAAUAGUGUGUACAUUCGCUGCUGAGUCAGGACAAGGAUGCUGAGGAUGUGGUGGACAAGGAUGACCUGAAUACACAGAAGCUACUGCUAAGCAAAGAAUACAACUGUCUGGUGAAAGGCUCGACCGUAUCAAAGUCCAGUGAUGUCGGGGUACGCGGCCUUUCCAUGUCUGGGGAUUGCAUUUUAGCCGACACUAACAAGGGAGAGAAGUGAAGAUCUGCACCUGCAGUGAGGUGUUCCCCUUUAAUUGCUGUUUAAUUAAUUUAACGGACAAUAAAAAGGGAGAAAACUGAAGAUUUGCACCAGCAAAGAGCACCAGCCUUGAUAUAGAGUUGGUACGGCAACGACACAAGUCGGGCCCGCUGGAGCCCCAGUCCAGCACGACCCCUCCCCUGACCCCUAGCUCCUCCCAUUUGACCUCCGGCAUCAAAGAGUCAGCAUUGUUUAACAAUUCCAUCCCAUAGCAAUUUCUGAGCACAUAAGAGUGUUUGCACAUUUUUCUCAACAAGCGCAAUGUCCGUGUUGAGUCUGCACUUGAGCCCUGAUUGGUUUGAUAGACUCAAGUGCCGGAGGUGGUAGAAGUGUUACAGACAUAAGAAGUUAUUGCAGCAGUUAUGGUAACACUAACAGUCAGCUCUCGCUGUUUGACAUUAAAUUGAAUAUUACGAAAAAAUACAAAGCUGGAUAACUCAUUCCAUUCUUUUUGGGACAAACAGACCUGCAGCAAGGAACAGGAGAAAAUCACGGGAAUGUUUGAAGAGUUUAAGUCAGAAGCGUAAGCUUUCCACCGGGGAUACUCCUGGAUGGUCUAAACUUAAGGGACAGUCCAGGUUUGUCCUCUCAGGUGUCCAAACUGUCCAAAGAGAAUGCAUUUAUUUUUGACGCAGUUGCUAACAAAGAAAGGCAGUACCAACUUCGUUGUGAAGAGUCAAGCAUGGUACAUCCCUGGGGCAUGCCUCAGGUGGGAAUUCCAUCUGCAACAAGGUGCUAAAGGUGAACCCAUCAGAGUGUGUUACUAACCACUUCAAGACCAAACAGCCUCACAUUGAUUCGACGAUAAAGAAGGCGUUGAAAAAUGACAGCAGUUUUGAUGUGUCAUCCAGUUUGCUCUUCGACUCUCAACCCAACGUUAGUUAGAACGCAAAAUCAGCAUUUAGCGUUAUCAGCGAGGCUCGAAGGUCAUCUCUGCUUCUUAAGCUUCAGAUAAAAUUAUAAGCCAACAAGACGAACACCGUUGAAUCAUUUCGCACAUAUACUAAAACUCGCUUAAGAAAUUCAGCACGUCACUUAUGAACAUCUCGCAAGGCGGCUACAUCAGCACUUCCAAUAGCUGAGCCUUGGUGAGUUCCACUCCUGUCCCGAUGAGUCGCUCGAGGUGAAACAAUCUGAUCCACAGAUAGAGCAGACGCUGAGUGACUCGUCUGUUAAAGUGACUGACCUCCAUAUGUGCUCUCUAAUAUUGUGCCUGAGGAGCAGUGUUGGCCUACAUUCCCUGUUCAGGGCGGUGACUUUGGCGUCAAAACUCACACAAUCUCUGUCUAUGGCCCUAUCGCAGCAGCACUCUGGGAAAACAGGGCUUAAUGCAUGUGUUUAAAGUGUUGUCCCAGAUAAAGGUGUUAAGUCUGCCGGCUCUUAUCAGUGACCACACUUUCCGAAUAAGCCUUUAAAUGAAAAAUUCCAUAAAAGCGGAAAGUGUCGUGGCUGAUGAUUUUCAAGACUCACACAACCUCUGUCUAUGGCCCUGUCGCAGCAGCAGCAGCAACAAAAACAGGAAGUAUUUCAGCUGCACUCUGGGAAAACAGGGCUUAAUGCAUGUGCCUUAAGUGUUUUACCCACGAAAGCGUGUUAAGUCUGCCCAAGCUAAUUUGUGACCACACUUUCCGAAUGUACCUUAAAACAAAGAAUUCCAUAAAAGCUGAAAGUGUCGUGGCUGAUUAGCUUGUGCAGACUGUACAUGCAAAUCUGGAACAACUCUUUACACUUAUGCAUUUAGCCCAGUUUUUAAAGAGUUUAGAGUUGCACAUUUAGUUCACAUUACAUCAGCUUUUUUCUGACCUUUUUGGAGAAAAGUUCUUAUUACCAAUCAGGAAUUUUGCGGUUUUUGACUGUUCAAACUGAGUUAAUAAAAUGCAUAUUAGAGUUGAUUUGAUAUCAGUUUUAAUCAUAGGGGGUAAGGGCAUAUUUUCAUACUUUUUUGUUUGUUUUCACUUGUAUAUUAACUCCUUGCAUAAAUUAUACAAAAUACUGAUGUUUUAUUUAAAUUAAACAAUUAUUGAAAUGCAGUCAACAUUUAAAAAAAAUUAAUCUGCAUUUCAUUUAUUAUUUGGUAACAAAAUUUAAUAUAUUUUUACAUAAAUUGAAAUUAAUCACCUGUCCAGGUUUUCAGUUUACAAAUAUGCCCCUGGAUUGAGAAUAUGAAGUGAAUAUGUAUUAAUUAUUUCCCCCGGCUAAUUGGGGUAUAUAGGAAUCACCUUGGACAGACGUCUGUCUGUCUUGGACAGACGUCUGUCUGUCUUUUCAUAUGUCUGUGGGCGUUCACUUAAAAUUCAACGUUAAGCAUUCAAACUUUCAGGUAUUGUUUAAUCUCAUACGAGGUUGUGCAUGUACAUUUUGUAUCCACUGGGGGCUGACGAGGUCAAAGCGUAGUCCGUUUCGCUACGACGUCGAGUAUAUGUUUUACUACGAAAACAUUGUUUAAAUACACAUGACAUCGAGAACGGAUAAGUCGAAAAUUGUGUUUAAAACAUGUAAGAUUAUGAUUUUGUAAUAACAAAACUCUGAAUUUAAGCACAAUGUCAUUUCAUAGGUCUGUUACAUCAAAUUAUAAUCCAAGAUGUGUCUGGUUUAUGCGGUUAAACAUGAAAUAGACCGCUGAUUUAUCAAACCGAAGUCAAGUUUCACUUUUAAAAAAUGCAAUUAAGGUUUACAACUGUGUUUAAUUGACACAAUUUUACAAUUUCCAUAUUGAUCUAUGUAUUGUUAAGCCACUGGGGUGUUUAGAAAUUUGUAGGGUGACCCAGUUAUCAGAAAUAAAGGCUACAUAUUAUUAUAAGGCAUGAUCAUGUCUCUGACAGCAUACGUAUAUGCCUCGCUACGACAACGCUUUAGCGUGCAUGCGUUUCUCACAGAAGACGUAUUGGUUAUCUCUCAAAGGCAAAAUAAAGAAGAAACAAGAAAUAUCUUUAAAAAAGAUAUACGGCGUUGAUUGUGGUCGAUGUUUAUGAACGAUCAAAAGUUAUCUCCAUGAGAUAAAAAGUAGCGGAUGCCUUUUAUCUGCGCAGUUCUUAGCUACAUCAUAAGCAAAUCAAUUACGGGGUGUUGCGCCAGAUUUCGUGGCUUAUUUUGCUUUAUGUGAUAUUAUUACUCAGAUAUCUAUAUUUACAGAAUAGAAAAACACAAGAAACAUGAAAAUAAACGAGUGCAUAUAGGUCAGCCGGCAAUACUCGAAUCUUAUUUAAUUGAAUAAUUAUAGUAUAGUGAAUUAUUGUGCUCAUGCUUAAUAAACUGGUCUAAAUGGAUAAAUAUUUCUAAUUAAUUUUAUCAAAAUUGGUCCUUAUCAUGCAAAUGUUGAAACCAUAUUAAAAAUCGAUGAUUGACAUACCACAAUAAUAUCGCCGAAUAUCUUUAUUUAGUAUCUUUCUGAUCAAAACAGACUUCAAGUGCACAAAGUUUACGAGACGGCGUUUAUAUAAAGAUUUCUGCAACUGACCGCAAACUGACCUUGAUACCUUGCGGAUUGAAUGCAAUGCAUUACAGUCACUACGUUAUUGUCAGUAAGACCGUUGUAACACAAUGAUCGCAACCCCUUUUGCGAACUCCGGUGAUGAACUGUAUAUAAACUCUGACUUUCACAAAUGGCCGCUUUUGCGCUGGUAAUUCUCUGAAAAUAAAAGGUGAACGCACAAACUGUAUUUAUUUGGAAAAUUGAUUGUAAAACUGUUCUAUCUAUUGAGCCUUUUCAUUAGAGAUAAAAUUGUUUCAUGCAGUAAAACAGUGUUACAAAGACGCGGAUAUGUUUCCAAUGUUCUGGUGUUAUACUCAAAUCAGCCAAUGGAAUAAAUGAAGUGUAUUCAUUCGUACCUAGCCGCGGGAAAUUUUAUUUGAGUAUUAUUGGACACUUACAAAGGUCAAGUCAGGGUGAAAAGCUGGCUUAAUACAGCUUACGCCGAAAAAAAUUAAUACAGAGUCAUGGAGUGGCUGGAUGUUUCCUUUGAGACAGAGGUAGUAACAACGGCACAACAUGAUCCGAAGCGCACAGUCGACAUGGUAAUGCACAUUAUUAUGAUAUAAUUACAUUCACGACUAGGCCAAAGGAAACGAUUAAAAUCGAAAAUCCAUAUAUAAGAUGACAGUUGAGAGUCGAGAACCUAAUGUCGUCGGUCUCAAUAAAAAUGACGCAUCUUCACCUUUUGACAAUCCCUUAUACGUUCAUUUUGAUAGAGACCGACGAUAGGUUUUCAGCAUACGGUACUCUUUAUCAAAUGACAUUCGAUUCUCGUUAUUCCCAACUCGCUUAUCUCGAAACUCUGCUUAUGUCAAAGUAAAUCCAAUGUUCCAACUUCGAUCAUUAUUUAUCUCAUACGGAUUUUGAUUUUUACAUUGUAUAUAUCAAAGCGAUUUUCUUGAAAAUCGGUAAUCGUCAACUAAUUUUGAGGUGAAUUUCAUGUUCGUAUACAUGAUUGUACCUGUAAAAUCCACACCUGUAACAGCCGUAAGGUGUGGAAAGUAGGACCCCAAUGGCACAAAUCCGCAAUUGCAUAAUCAAUAUAUUGUUGUAAAGUUGUGGCAGUGGGUUUCUGUCACAGGUUAUUGUUAACUGCGUACAUGACGGCCGGUAAAUUUACUUCGUGUUACAAUGCGGUUAAGGCCCAGUCUCACUAUGAUGCCGGCGGAGCCCCAGUGCGUGAUCAUGCAUCUACCGGGAUGAACCGGGGCCCUACCGGGAUGAACCGGUGCUCCACCGGGAUAAACCGUGGACGACCGGGGACAACCGGUGCUCCACCGGGAAAGUAUUAAAAUGUUUAAUACCUCCGGGAUGAACCGGGAGUCACCGGGUAGGACCGGCAACGACCUGCGUGGCACCUGGAACAACCGGGACUGUACCGGGAACAACCGGGACGGCACCUUAGCUCCACCGGGGCCCAAAACCACCCCGGCAGAGCUCCGGCAACGCCCCGGUGAAUGCCGGCAGAGUCCCUUUAUAGCUACGUUACAUAAGUAAACCGGUGCUCUGACGGUACCGUCCCGGUUGUUCCCGAUGCAGUCCCGGUUGUUUCCAGUGCCAAGCCGGUUAUUGCCGGUCCUUCCCGGUAACUCCUGGUUCAUCCCGGAGGUAUUAAACAUUUGAAUACUUUCCCGGUGGAGCCCCGGUUGUCCCCGGUUAAACCGGGGCGUUGCCGCAGCUCUGCCGGGGUCUGAUGCCGGUAUAACCCCGGUGAGUGCCGGCGUAGUGACGGUAUACCGGGGCUCUGCCGGGACUCUGCAGGCUUUCACCGGGUUCAACCUUUUCGUUUGGAUGUUCAUGCGCACAGUGAAGCACGGCAUCUUUUGCACUGGGAAAUGGCAGUCUGCAGUAACUGAAAACUGCAUGUGAUAUGUCCAGAAAUGGAUACAGAAACUUCGUUGAGCAACGUAUACAUUAUAUUUGUACUUCGUUGCGCAACCAUUACAUACUCUGUGCGAAACCUUUACAUAAAACGACUUGUAAUUUCCUUCGAAACAAAGAAUUUGCAUAAUUAAAAUAUAUGUUCGUAACCUGUUUUGUACUUUAAAAUGUGUAAUGUACACUGAAUCGAAGUAAAAUGUAGUUUUAUUUAAUUUAAGUUACCGUAAUUGGCUAUUUUAACAGAAUAACCACCUUAUGCAUUGCUUCAAAUCAAAAUAUUUCGAUUUUAGCUCAAAAUAAACUUAAAGGUUGCAACUACGCGCAUUUGUUAUUAGUUUGUUAUUGAAAAUAAGUACCUACCAUUACUGGAUGUUCCGUUCUCUAAUCCAUAAACACCAGAAAAUAUGGAACUCGCCUGAUUAAGAAGUGUAUUUACACCAUGUUUUCGUAGUAAAACAUAUACCCGACGUCGUAGCGAAACGGACUACGCUUUGACCUCGUCAGCCCCCAGUGGUAUCAUAAUACUCUAAAAAUUACAAAACUUAGAAAUUCUAUAACCUCUGCUACAUAGACUUGUGGCAUUGGGGGAUAUUCUAUGUAACAAUGGUUACAAAUUAUUGUUUGACUAGACAGCAAUUACACUUUUUGAGCUGAUUAAGCAUUUUCCAGUAAUAUUUAUAAGGAUUAGAAAAUGUUGUUCUAAGUAUUUUGGAAAAAAAGCCAUAUUGUGCUUUUGGAUUGAGUCAGCCACAUAACUUGUUAAUUUAAUAAUUGAAUGGUCAUGAAAUAAUUUCUAAGGUCAUUCUCUCUCUGAUUCUAGUACGGCAAUUGUCUGUUACUGGCAUAAGUAUAUGUACUCAGUAAGGCCAGGAAAAGGUUAAUUUAAUAACCACACUACUAUGACUAAAAUGCAUUUUUAUGUGUGUAGAGGUCAAUUAAAAAAUUAUAAAAUUCCUGUACUUUUUAGCUGUUUCAUACAGGACCCCGUACAAUCACAGAUUGGUGCCCAGCUGAACAACAGACUCUCUCACUUAAGCCAGGCCUGAACGCAUGGGGUCACUUCCUGUGUAUGAGUGGCCAAAUGUCAAACUAGUACCAAUCUGUGCCCAAAAAGCAGCUGUAGCCGUGGGGGGCAGGUUCAUGAUGCAACCGUGGUCUCAUUGCUCUCUGAACAUCUCUUUCCCAACAGCAACAGUACAGCAACAUGACCUGGGUCAUACUGUUGCCAGUUCAAGCUUAGAGGACCAUGUUCCCCAAAUCCAAUGUCGCCCUAUAUCUCAACAGGAAUACCUCGCAGAGCUAAUGAACAGAGCCAGUGCGUAGAACAUGAUUUUUAGGAGGAAUAGGAACCUAGGCCCAAUAUCAACCUGGUUCCAAUCUCGCGAAGAUGUCCACCGGCCACUCCCUAGCACAAGCCUCGUUAGCCCCAAGGUGUUGUCAUGAUGCCCCUGGACAACAGCUCUUGUUGGGCUCUUCCCAAUAGCAGUAGAUCAACAUGGCAUAUCAGCAUGAUGCCCCAAACCAGCGCUUCAUAUUUAGCUACCAGCAGUAUCCAUGCAACCAAACCUUGAUCACUCAGCAACAGAUAAAUCAGCAGCAAGGAUGGAGUUAGCCGUUUCAACGUCUGCUCAGUUGCCUCUCAGAGCCAGUCGGCUUGCUGUGUUGCUUAGCCAAUCCACUACUUAUGUCGCAGCACAAUAUCUCAUCUGGAUCCAUUCCACUGCUGGCGCAACAGCAGGUCUGUUCUCUGUACAGAGCCGUUUCUAUGACGAUGAAGUCCUACAACUCGCCCAGUACUUGCUUUUGCGUCAGGGUCAGGUUCAAGGCCUCAUGGGCUUUGGUGGUCUGGGCAAGAUGGGAAUGUUAGACAGCAACAACAACAGUUAAGAAAAUAGCAACAGCAUAAUAGACAGACACAGCAGCAAUGGCCACAGCACCAACAAUAGCAGCAACAGAUGAUGGCUUAGCUUCAUCAGCAACAGCAGAAGCAACAAGAUCUUACGUCCCUGGACCAUUUAGAUGUCACUUUAGAAAUUCAGAAGAUAUUUAUGAAAGAAUAAACGAGGUAACAUCUGAACAUUGCAUCUAUGACUACAAUGAGGAAGUGAAAAGGGAGGAGACAAAGAAAUACAAAGAAAUUUUUAACAGCUUUACUUAAAAUUGUAAACAUGGAUUGCAUGGCAUUGAGUUUGGUUUGGAAGCAGUUACUAUCGCAGAACUCGAGCCAGCAAAGGUCAUUCUCACAGGAAUCCAGUAUCUCCAUGGUGCAGGACCCACAGUCUAUGAACGUUGUGGAGCUUGAACCUUGGACGCCAAUUGAAAAAUAUCCAAACCGUCCAAUCAGAAAGACAGUCUGUUGCAGCAGUUAUUCAAACCUAGGAUGCUUAGUGAUAAACAUAAAUAAACACAUGCUAGUCUCUAAGUGCCUGCAUUGGCUGUUUUAAAGCCUUGCUGUCCAUUCUGAACACUUAAAUGGAAGCUCUCACCUUAGAAUUUUGGGAUAGGUCGAAACCCAGUGGCAUGGUGCAGACUAACAUCGCAGAAUGACAAAGAAGUACAAGCCUGUGACCAGCAAUAAACUAAUGUGGCCAGCUAUGUUGUGUCAUGUGACCAGCCAAGCUGUGUGUAAAGAGAAAACUAUAGUUCAUGUCUUGUGGGAUUUAUGACGCUUUAAGUGAUUUGCUGUUAUAUGUUUUUGUGAUAUAUAUAGUUAAUUAUAAUCAAGUGAAGAUUACUUGUUUAAAGUGAUUAUGUAAAGUAUUAUUUUAAGUUCAAAAGAGUGCAAGCCUGUGUUGCUACUUUGUCUGUUUUCGAAAGUUUGAUCCAGAUGUUGGUAAAACAUAGAACAUAAACAUAUUUUUUAUUACAUUGAUUUAAAACUUAAGCAAAGUUGUUUAACUAAUAUUGUUAACUUGAAUAAAUUUUCAAACAUUUACCGGCUUUUUUUCAUGAAAUAAGACAAACUACAGUAUUGUUUUUUCCAGUAAUAUAGUAAGACGUGCCAGUUAAAAGAAAUGGUUAAGAAAGAUUCAUGGACGCUUCUAUUUUGAUUUGCCUGUCUUUGUGUCUGUAUACAAUACAAUCAGUUUGCGCAUUAUAGUCACUUUUUAAACAAGAAUCUUGAGUAGUGUCAGAAAAUUAUAAAAGAAAAAUAUUAAUAAAUUAAGGACAAAAUUAUUUUAUCUUCCGUAAAUUGUCAAUUUUUGUAUUGAAAACCGGUACUUUAUUCAUUAGUUACAAUUUUUAAUAAUUGUAUAAAAGCUGUAUGCAUUUUCAAAAAGCUGAUAAUAGACGCAAAACAUAAAUUAUCAUCAUUUGAUGGAAGAUUAUUUGAAUUAAAUGAAAUUUGGAAGAUUAUCUUAAUUUGAAUUGUAAUGGUUUGUUUAAUGAUUAGAAAAUAUCUAUAAUUAAGUGGAAUGCUUUUAAUUUUUUUAAACUUAAGAUUUUAAUUUUUCUUUUAGUAAGCAUGCAUCAAGAUGACAUAACUUGUUAGUGUUUAAUGUUCAUUGUUAGUUUUGAUCUUUGUAUUGGGACAUAAUACUUCAUGAUGCUUUGUAUAAACUGUGCAUACUCGUAUAAAAAAUUAAAUUUUCAAGUGAGUAAAUGAGUGAAUAAUUUGACCAUGUCAAUAUAUAUUUACAUUGUGCCAUUGUGGAUAUUAAGCAAAACAAAUCAUUUGCUGGUGUCAAUUGUAAAAAAAAAUCAAUUUGAUCAAUUAACUGUUUUAUGUUAUAAUUUUGAUGUACAUCUUUUAGAUGCAAGGCAAUAGAAAGAACCUAAAUGACAAAUAAAAACACUUGUAUACCAUACUUUUUAUCUGUCCAAUAAUAAUUUAAGCAAAUGCUUGAAAAAAUAUUUAAUUAAAAAUAUUAAUACUGGAAAAUUUGAAAUCAAUUACAUACAAGGGAGAGCAAUGUGAUGUGGUUUAAAUUUUCAAUUACUGCAAUUGUUAAUAAAUGUUUUAUUAUUACUUUAGAUACAAUUGAAUUCUCAUUGCACCACAAACACUUGUUUAUGUGUUGUAACAGAAUUUUUAUGUAAUCAAAUUUAUUUUUUAAAAAUAUUAAAUUUAAUGACAAUACAGUGUUGAUUUUUUUGUAAUUCUUACUUUUAUUAUAACAUGUUCUGAAAAAAAUGUCACUUUGAGAUAUAUUUUAUACUAUAACUAUGAUAUAAUACUUGCUAAUGAUUCUAUGCUUGAUAUAUGGCUGAUAUUUAAUUGUGAUAGUUUACCAGUUGAGUUACAGUAUUCUUCACGUUGACCUCUCCACAUUAACCAAGAGUGCAAUCACAAAAGCAAGUUUCAAUAAAUCUCUCGAUUUAAAACUGCAACAAAUGUCAGACUUUCCAAAAAAUGUGCUUUUUUUAUUCAAGUUGUUUGAAUGGCUGUUUUUGUUCUGUUGUUAAUUAAUUCAAAUAGGUUUUAAUAUUUAAACUACAUGUCAUAUUUCAAUCAUAUCAUAUUGAUUGUAACAUAGAAAACAAAAUAAACCUUUUUGAUUAAUUUGUGUGUAUGUUAAGUAAAAGUAAAUGCCAUUUUAAAAUCAUGUCUUCAUUUGUUCGUCUUACUCAAAAGUGACCUUUUGCAGUGGAAAGGCUCUAUUGCAUAAAAUGAACUUUAUCGAAAAAGCCCCAAGGCAUUUUUUGAUUGCUUGUGUACCACAUACUUAUCAGGGAUUUCUUAAUUGACUACAUGAUUUUUUACACACCAGUUUGACCUUCGUUGAUAUUUUCUAAAUUGUGACCUUAUUGUUAAGAGUAUUUUACUAGUACAUGUUGAAGUAUUUCUGUUAAGUGUAACCGAAUAUUUGAUAAAAUUAUUUAAACAUGUUUAACUGUCUUUGUAAUUAAAUUGAAUAUUUUCUAUAGUAGUUCAUUCAAUUACCAUAGUGUUUUGUUGAGCCAAAUCACAUUAUAUGAAUCAUGGUUUAGGGUCAACCACUACUAUAAUCAGUGGUUUAUUUGUAGAGGGAUAUAAUCAUGUGUUUGUAUAUUUGUGUACUUGAUAAACCAAGUUUGUUGUUCCAAUGUUGCUAAGGUAUAUAUCUAUCCCUGAAGUUGUCAUAUUAUUGUACCUUGACUCUGUGUUGCUAUCACAAUUUAAAAAAAAUCAAAUUCGUUUUCCGACUUCUAUAUAACUUCAUUAUUUUAAACAAGAAAUAUCUUUUUCAAAGAUAUACGGCGUUGAUGUUAAUUGUUUUUGUUGGUUUUAAAGGAUCGUCAUGAAAAUAAGAUCAAGUUAUGACUCAUGUCGGGGAUGUUUUUUUCUGAACAAUUCUCAGUCGAAUGAUAUGCAUAUAAGUUUAAAUGAGGACGAACAUACAUAUAAUAAUAUCAGAGACCCUACUCCGAUACUGUAAAAUGUCCAACGAAGGCUAGAAUUUGUGAAAACAAGCUUGGAGAUAAAGAUGUGGUGUGUCACUCUACUUAUAAAUCGCCUGGUCAACCACACGACAUGAGCGCUCCAGAUAUAAAGUACAAGGAAUAUCUAUAAAAAGACGUUAAUUGCAAACAUACGAUUUCAAAACAGACAAUUUUAUAUAAUUAGACGUAGUUAAAUUAAAAACUAAAUAAUGCUCAACGUGCACCACAUGUUUAUCUUGUAUCCGUCGUAAAUCUAUUAUUUAGUUAACUGUAUUUUUUUAUUGCAUACACUGUUUAUAAAGUUUAUACGAUUUAUUAUGGUAUAUAUCGCGAUGUGUUCACAUAUAUAUUGGAUUAUAUAAUUUAAGAGUAGUGUCACUGUGUCUAUUUACUGAAUAAAUAAAAUAUUUAUCAA